AUGUCUUCCGGUAGAUUAAAAGAUUAUCUUAAUUUUGCAGUUUCACUUGCUCGAGAAAGUGGCAAAAUUAUUUUGGAAGCUUCGAAAGCACGUUACUCAACACAAAGUAAAGUUUACUCUAAAGCAGGAAAUUCGGCAGAUUUGGUAACAGAAACAGAUAGACAAGUUGAAGACUUCAUAAAGUCAAGGAUUAAUAAAACUUUUCCUGAACACAAAUUCAUUGCUGAAGAAAUGACUUCAACAAACAAUAAAUACGAAUUCACGAGCAAACCAACUUGGAUCAUUGAUCCUAUAGAUGGAACCACAAACUUUGUUCAUGGAUUCCCAUUUGUUGCAGUAUCAAUUGGUUUAACAAUCAACAAAGAACCUGUUGUUGGCGUUGUGUUUAACCCAUUUCUUAAUGAACUUUACACUGCAAGUAAAGGUGAUGCUGCUACUUUGAAUUCUAAAAAAGGUGGAUUGGUUCGAAGUAUUAGAAGUCUUGAGUGUGCAUCACUUAAUAUUUGCACAGUUGCUAAAGGACAUUUUGAUGGAUGUGCAGCUAGUAUUGUGAUUCUUCAAGAAGCUGGUGGUAUUAUGGUGAAUGGACAAGGUCCAGAUGAAGGUCCAGAUAAUAUACUUGGGCAUAAAUUUUUAGCAAUUAGAGGUGGUUUACCUUGUUCGAGUGAUGAAAAUUCAAGACAAAGUCAAAUACAUCUUGUUAGAGAAAUGUGGGGUUUAGUUGAAGAAAUUGAUUGUCCAAGAUAUUGA